AUGGUAGGAGAUUUUAACUGUCAUGUAGUUGAAGGAGGUUCUAAUGCUCUCAAAUUUUUGGAGCUUCUGCAGAUUUUUAAUCUUGAACAGCAUGCGAAUGUACCGACACACAGUAGUGAACAUACACUCGACCUUAUUAUCACCAGGAAAGGUGAAACUGUUAUUAACAAUCUUAAAGUAUUUGACGCUGUUAUUUCUGACCAUUUUGUGUUGCAUUGUAAUUUAGACUUGGCUAAGCCUUGUAACGUAAAGUCGGGCAUUUCGUAUCGAAAGCUUGGAGAUAUUGAUACACUUAAGUUUCGUCAAAACAUUCUUAGCUCGGAGUUAUAUACAAGACCUGCACCUAGUCUUGAGGAGCGUUGUGACCAAUAUGAUUUGGUAUUAUCAACAUUGUUGGAGAACCAUGCCCCACUUCGUAAAAAGGCCGUAACGAUCCGACCUAUGGCCCCAUGGUAUAAUGAAGAUAUCAAGAAGCAGAAAAUAGUAAGACGAUGCAAGGAACGGAGAUGGCGUAAAAGUGGCUCACAAGUUGAUAGACAGGCAUAUGCUGAUCAGUGUAUCCUUGUUAAGAACACAAUCAGUGAAGCGAAAAUGGAAUAUUAUUCAUCACUUGUUCAAGAUGCUG